UUAAUAGACAGAAUGGAUCUUUUGUUAUGGUCAUUAAUAACAACUUUCAUCACGACAUCCAAUGGAUUCUCACCUCUUUAUUCCACACAGUUACGAAAGGGACACGAUGUUUCUCCUGAAGUCUUUAUGAACUCGGUCCAGCUUAUAGCAUACAAUGGGUAUAAAGCAGAAACUCACUUCGUACCAACUGAGGAUGGGUUUAUCCUUGGAGUACACAGAAUACCGUACGGACGGAACGAUAAACCAGGAGGUUCUAAACCAGUUGUACUACUACAGCAUGGACUAUUGGCAGAUUCCUCUUGUUAUUUAUUUAAUGGCUACAAUGGAAGUUUAGGAUUUAUUCUAGCAGAUGCUGGAUAUGAUGUAUGGCUUGGUAACUCUCGCGGGAAUACGUAUUCAAUGAAACAUACGAAAUACAACUCAACACAAGAGCAGUUCUGGGAUUUUAGUUGGCAAGAUAUGGCAGAUAAGGAUCUACCAGCCAUGGUGGAUUACACACUCAAAACAACAAACCAGACCAGUUUAGUGUACAUAGGUCAUUCCCAGGGCACACUUACUGGAUUCACUGGGUUCAGCAGAAACAGACAACUGGCAAAGAAGGUCAAGCUGUUCAUUGCACUUGCGCCCAUUGCAAAAUUAGCAGAUGUCAGAGGAAUUACAUCUUUACUUGUCAAAGCAUUAAAACCUAACAUAGAUGAGGUUUUUACUUUAUUCGGUAGGAAAGGAUUCUUCUUAAAUAAUUCUAUUAACAUGGACAUAGCAGAUAAGAUUUGUGAUACUGACGCAUCAGCCUUUCUUUGCUCUGAAAUAACAGAUCUAAUAUAUGGACAUGGUCUGCCUAGUUUUGAUUGGAGACGAGUACCUGUAUAUAUGUCUCAUAUCCCAUCUGGUACCUCUGUGCGAAACAUGGUACAUUUUGGACAGGGAGUUAUUAGUGGUGAGUUCCAGCUUUAUGACUUUGGAACGGCAGUUGAAAAUAUGGCUCGAUAUAAUCAGACGACACCGCCGUAUGUGAAUAUCACACAAGUAGAUGUUCCAGUGGCUUUAUACUCUGGUGGCAACGAUUAUCUCGCUGAUCCUACGGACGUAAAGUUUAUCAGUGCUAAUCUGAAGCAUAUUGUAGAAAAUAAGGAAUAUCCUAAAUGGAAUCAUGCGGACUUUGUUGUUGGGGAUACACCACCAAAGACAUUAUAUAAAGAUAUGUUAAAAUUGCUGGGAAAACUGAAAUGA